UGCGCGGCGGCUUCGUGGCUGGUGGCGCCGGGCUGGUGCCAACAUGGCGGCCGAGCGCAAGACUAGGUUGUCCAAGAAUCUGCUGCGCAUGAAGUUCAUGCAAAGGGGACUGGACUCAGAAACCAAGAAACAACUAGAAGAGGAAGAAAAGAAAAUCAUUAGUGAAGAGCACUGGUACUUGGAUUUGCCAGAACUUAAAGAGAAAGAGAGUUUCAUAAUAGAAGAGCAAAGUUUCUUGUUGUGUGAAGAUCUUCUCUAUGGAAGAAUGUCAUUCAGAGGAUUCAAUCCUGAGGUUGAGAAAUUAAUGCUUCAGAUGAAUGCUAAGAACAAACCAGAGGAAGUUGAAGAUGAAACAGUGGAGCUAGAUGUGUCAGAUGAAGAAAUGGCUAGAAGGUAUGAGACAUUGGUGGGGACAAUUGGAAAAAAGUUUGCCAAAAAGAGAGACCGGGCCAAUUAUGAAGAAGAUGAAAAUGGAGACAUAAAACCCAUUAAAGCAAAGAAGAUGUUCUUAAAACCCCAAGAUUAAAAUGUGUGCCUUAAGAUACGGCUCAGGGAUGCCUUGUGAAAAUUUUGCUGCAUAUUUUAGAAUUCAUUCUGGUGGUGUCUCUAUAGUUUUUAAUAUGUAACAUUUAUUUGUAAAUGUGUGUUAGAAACAUGCUGUUUUUGAAACAGCUGUGUGAUGGAUGUUAUACAUCCUUUGCUUAAUAGUAUUCAUUGAGAAUGGGAUUUUAGCCCUUAAUCUUCAAAUUGUCUUAGAUAUAUACUUGUUUCCUGAAGAUUUUUUGACCUCAGAUUUUUUCAGAACAAUCACUGACCUUGAAUUGACUCAGAAUACAAAUGUUUAAAUUCCCCUGUUUAUAUUUCACUUAAAUUAUUAAUCAUGUGAAGCCAAUUCAUACAUAUAUUUUAGAAUCAGUCAUGAGAAUUUAUUAUAUGUAAACUCAUGCAGAACAAACACGCCUCUCCAGACUGAAAUAUUUAUCUGCUACAAGUCAUUGUUAGUUUUUGGAAUUACAGGUUUUUGUUUAAAACCUUUAAAAAAAAAAUUCUAUAAUAAAUAUCUGUUUUCA